AAGAGAUGAUUGCUUCCGAGGCAUUUUCCAGCAAAGGCUUGAAAGCUUGCCUGCUCUUUCUAUAGUGUCCGGGUGAGCCUUUCUAGCAAGCGAAGAGGCUGCGGAGAAGUCUUGGACUUGGAGAUCCAGACGUAUAUAAGCUGGGAAUAUUUUCCGGUUCUUCUGGAAUCUUAAGUAUCUUGUCUGGGAAGAGAGCGGAAUGGCCUUGGUAAAUUUCCCCAGACCUCUUGUGAACAGAAAGUCCUGUGGAGAUCCUUGGGUCUAUUUUGGAGCUGUAUUAGAGACCAGAGAGAAGAUGGAGGGACAACACCCAGCAGAAGCAGAAGUUAGAAAAAUCCCUCCAACUGCUCAGCCUUGGGGCUGUGGGAAGAAUGGGGCAAGUCCUGUGCGGAAGAGCCACGAAGAGGCAACCAAUAGUUCAGAGGUCCAGUGCUGUCACUUCAGAAAAGUGCGGUUUCAGGAUGGGAGCCGUCCCCGAGAUGUUUGCACUCAGCUUCACAACCUUUGUCGUCAGUGGCUGCAACCAGAAAAGCACACAAAGGCUCAGAUGCUGGACCUGGUGCUCCUGGAACAAUUGCUGGCUGUCCUUCCCCCAGAGAUGGCAAGAUGGGUGCGGGAGUGUGGAGUAGAGACCAGUUCCCAGGCGGUGGCCCUGGCCGAAGGCUUCUUGCUGACUCAGGAGGAGGAAAACAUGCAAGAAGAGUUGCAGGUGGGAGGAUGGAAUCAUGGCAGCUGCUUGGAGGUUGUGACUGAGUAUCCUAAGGAGAGGAAAGAUUCAUUCAAUCUCCUCAACAGCUGCUCUUCAGGGACAACCUCCAGAAAGGUCAAAGUCAAGACGCUACACAAGAGGGUAGAAAGCUGUCCUUGGAGUUUUUAGAAUCACCUCUUUGUGCUGGAGCUGAAGGAUUAGCUGAACCACUUCUUCCGGUAAGGAGGAGAAAGAUCGGGAAAGCUUCCUGAAUCUUGGAUGGAUUUAAUUUUGUUCUAGAGUUUAAUGUAUAAAAAUGCUGCUUCUAAGUAAUACAAAUUUGUCCUCAGGUCACUGAACAUUGACACUCAGCUUAAUCUACCCUCUUCCUUCUGAGGGUAUCCUUUGUGAGUUGCUUUCUCCACCCGUCCCGCUCACCACCAGAUUUCAUUGACCAGACUGUUGUCAGUGUCGGGGCUCUUCCUUCUGUCUCCCAGGGUUUUUCUCACACACCAUUAGAAAGACCAUAUCCUUUUUGGCCUUUUGAAAAGUAUCUUUGGGACAACCGUGACCUGAUAAUGGAGAAUCUCCAUAGACAUAGAUUACUGUUACCAGCUCUUUCAACUCCUUCAUGAAGGUGUGGAGUUUGGAUACGUUGGUCCCUCAGUUGAUAAAGUGAGCCAUUGGAAAACAUGUCAGGUGGGUUUUGCCAGUAAUUUGCUCUGCCUGUCCUGGGAAGAAUGGGAGUCACUGAGUAGUGGAUUUAAAACCCAACUAUCAAUUGACCAAAACCAUUUAAUUUCCUAUACUGCGUAAGGCAUUCCAAACACUUCCAGCUUGAUCAAACAUGGUUUAGUUGUGGCAUCAGUCAUAGCGAUGAUAUCUUAUUCUUAAUUCUGCAGAAGAUUCCCAUUUUGUUCACUGGAUCUCUUUCCUAGAAUUGGUGGAAGAAAAUUAUCCCAUUAUUCUUGGGAUUUUCUGUUCAUAGGGAAACUUUUUUCCUUGUUCAGGAUGUCGUGUCUUUUGAGGAAGUGGCCGUGUAUUUCUCCAAGGAGGAGUGGUCCCAAUUGGAUGCUGACCAAAAAGCUCUCCAUGGGGAAGUCAUGCUGGAGAAUUCCAGGAAUCUCUUCUCUCUGGGCUUUAAUGGGCAAGAGAAUAAGAAUUUCAAGCAGGAAUGCCAAGCGAUCCAUUCAAAAGUGGGGGAAAGGAAAUUUGAAGAUCAGAUUCAACCAAAGAAUGGUGAAACAAAGCAAUCACAAAGUCGAAUUAUAAAUGAUUUUCCUCGAGUCAGUUGGCUUCCUUACUAUAAAGUGAUUGAUAUGGGAGAAAGACCUUAUAAAUCCAUGGACUUUGGAAAGAGGUUCAAUAAAUCUGAUCAUCUCUUUUCCCAUAAAAAGAAACAUUCAGAAGAGAAACCAAGUACCUGCAGAGAGUGUGGAAAGACUUAUCGGGAUAAUCACUCUCUUAGAAAACACGAAAGGAAUCACAAAGGAGAAAGACCUUAUAAAUGCCUGCAGUGUGGAAAGACCUUUACUUGUAGCAGUAGUCUUAAUUCCCACAAUUUGAUCCACACAGGAGAGAAGCCAUAUCAAUGCAUGGAGUGUGGAAAGGGUUUUAGGAAGAGUGGUAAUCUUAAUACUCACAAGAGGAUCCACACAGGAGAGAAACCGUAUCAGUGCAAGGAGUGUGGAAAGACCUUCUGCUAUAAUCGUUCUUUUAUAACCCAUCAAAGGGAUCACAAAGGAGAAAGACCUUAUAAAUGCAUGGAGUGUGGAAAGACAUUUACUUGUAACAGUUAUCUUAAUUCUCACAAGAGGAUCCACACAGAAAGACCUAAUAAAUGCAUGGAGUGUGGAAAGACCUUUACUCGUAUUUAUGAUCUUAAUUCCCACAAGAGGAUCCAUACAGGAGAAGGACCUUAUAAAUGUGUGGAAUGUGGAGAUAGUUUUAGAAGGAGUUGUGAUCUCACGUCCCAUAAAAGGAUCCAUAUGGGAGAAAAAUGGAGUGGAUGGCUGCAACCAGAAAAAAACACAAAGGCUCAGAUGUUGGACCUGGUGCUCCUGGAACAAUUGCUGGCUGUUCUUCCCCCAGAGAUGGCAAAAUGGGUGCGGGAAUGUGGUUCCCAGGCAGUGUCCCUGGCCGAAGGCUUCUUGCUGACUCAGGAGGAGGAAAACAUGCAAGAAGAGUUGCAGAAAUCCUUGGAAGCUGUGACUGAGUAUCCCAAGGGGAGGAAAGAUUCAUUCAGAUCUUCCCAACAGCUGCUCUUCAGGGGGAACUUUCAGAAAGAUCAAAGUCAAGAUGCUAAACAAGAGAAUAGAAAGCUGUGCUUGGAGUUUUUAGAAUCACCUCUUUGUGCUGGAGCUGAAAGAUUAGCUGAACCACUACUUCAGGAUAUUGUUUCUUUUGAGGAAGUGGCUGUGUAUUUCUCUAAAGAGGAGUGGUCUCAACUGGCUGUUGACCAAAAAGCGCUCCAUGGAGAUGUCAUGUUGGAGACUUCUAGGAAUCUGCUUUCUCUGGGCUUUAAUGGGAAAGAGAAUAAGAAUUGCAAGGAGGAAAACCAAGCAAUCCAUUCGAAAGGGUGGAAAAGGAAAUUUGUAGAUCAGAUGAAACCAAAGAAUGAUGAAACAAAGGAAUCACAAAGUGGAAUUAAAAAAAGUCUUCCUUGGGUCAGUUGGCUUCCUAACUAUACAGUGAUUGAUACUGGAGAAAAACCAUAUAAAUCCAUGGUUUGUGGAAAGAUUAUUAAAUCCGAUCAUCUAAUUUGUCAUAAAAAGGCACAUUCAGAAGAGAAACGAUUUACCUGCAUGGAGUGUGGAAAGACCUUUACUCGUAGCAGUACUCUUAAUUUCCACAAGGGGAUCCACACAGGAGAGAAGCCCUAUCAAUGCAUGGAGUGUGGAAAGGGUUUUAGGAAGAGGAGUGCUCUGAUUCGACAUAAAACUAUCCAUACAGAAGAGAAGCCAUAUCAAUGCAUGGAGUGUGGAAAGAGCUUUACUCAUAGUAGUAGUCUUAAUAACCACAAGAAGAUCCACACAGGAGAGAAGCCAUAUCAAUGCAUGGAGUGUGGAAAGACCUUUACUUGUAUCAGGAGCUUUAAUCCCCAUAAGAGGAUUCACACAGGAGAUAGACCUUAUAAAUGCAUGGAAUGUGGAAAGACUUUUAUUUAUAGCAGUCAUCUUAAUUCCCACAGGAGCAGCCGCACAGGAGAGAAGCCAUAUAAAUGUGUGGAAUGUGGAAAGAGCUUUAUAUGGAAUUCUGCUCUUACCACCCAUAAAAGAAUCCACACAGGAGAAAAACCAUAUCAAUGUAUGGAAUGUGGAAAGAGCUAUGCUCGUAGUAGUGGUCUUAAUUCCCACAAGAGGAUCCACACAGGAGAAAGACCUUAUAAAUGCAUGGAGUGUGGAAAGAGUUUUAUUUGUAAGAAUUAUCUUCAUCGCCACAAGAAGAGCCACACAGAAAAGAAGUCAUAUAAAUGUGUGUAAUCUGGAGAGGGCUUUAGAAAAAGUUGCAAUCUCACUUUCCAUAAAAGGAUCCAUACGGUAGGGGGGAAAAAAGCAUAUGAAUGCAUGGAGUGAGGAAAGAGCUUUGCAAGGAGUAAU